UAGAUUCUAGACCUUCUGCAAGAAUGUUGACGUUGAGACUGGUGUUUUGCAGGAACUAUUUAAUGAAGGCACCAGUUGAGGUCUUCCAUUAAUUACUCGCUGUGUUUGCUAGAAAACAACAUAAAAAUAGAAAUUUACUAUGAUCAGAACCAAUUACACAUAUAUUUUGAAGGUUUCGUCAUUACCCAGGUCAUCGUAAGUGCUGCUAGCAGAAUACUAGUUCCGACAUCACGGAUUGGUUUCCUCUGCCGCCUCUGGCUACAUUAGCCAACUCAACAUUUAUCACCCGGCGACUCCCGGACCCAAACCCGGAUAAGGAGUGUUGCAAGUAACUUGGUCACGACUGACUGAAAAACAUUCUAGAUUUGCUUCCACAUCCUAGGAUGAAGUGUGUGACAAGCAACUUCCGUGAUCCAGUACCGAAACGUGUUCCUCAGUAUUUACUUAGACCUGUGAGGAUGGAAUCUCUACCACAAGCAAAAUCCAAACUAGUUUGUCAUGUUCAGAAUCAACAGAUAGCUUGGAGCAGAAUGUUGCUGACAUCCCUGAUUGUCUUCAGUUGUCUGGUACCUUCUGUGUACUCUGAUGAGGAUUACUAUAAAUUACUGAAGGUUUCCAGAGAAGCUACAACCAGAGAGAUACGACAAGCCUUCAAAAAGCUGGCUCUGACCAUGCACCCAGAUAAAAACCCACAUGAUGAAACUGCCCAUGACAAGUUCCUGAAGGUAACACGAGCGUAUGAAGUUCUAAAGGAUGAUGAUCUAAGGAAGAAGUAUGACAAGUAUGGAGAGAAGGGUCUACAGGAUGAGCAGCAGGGAGGAGGACGAUACGAGAGCUGGAACUACUAUAGAAAUGAAUUUGGUAUCUACGAUGAUGACCUAGAGAUUGUCACUUUAGAUAGGGGUGACUUUGAUGCAGCAGUGAACUCUGGAGAGCUCUGGUUUGUCAACUUCUACUUUCCUCGUUGUCAUCACUGUCACGAGCUUGCUCCCACGUGGAGGGAGUUUGCUAAGGAGAUGGAUGGAGUGUUUAGGAUAGGAGCAGUGAACUGUGGGGACAACAACCGAUUGUGUCGCAGCAAGGGCAUCAGCAGUUACCCCAGCCUUUACAUCUUCAAAGCUGGAAUGAAUCCUGAGAAAUACUUUGGAGAUCGGUCCAAGGAGAGUUUGACUAAGUUUGGCAUGCAGUUUGUGAAGAGCCGAGUGACAGAGCUGUGGCAAGGCAAUGUCUUCACGGAGAUUGAGUCCGCAUUCUUAUCUGGAAUUGGAUGGCUGAUCACUUUCUGUGCUGACUCUGGAGACUGUCUAGAGUCACAGACGAGACAAAAGUUAGCAGGAAUGUUGGAGGGUAUGGUGAAUGUGGGCUGGAUGGACUGCUCUACACAGGCUGAGCUUUGUAACAGUUUUGAGGUGACCAGCAGCACGACGGCCUUCUUCCCCCCCGGCAGUUCACUGAAGAACCAGGGCAGCGUGCUGUUCCUGAAAACGUUGGAUACCAGAGAGAUUUAUGGAGCAGUGAUGCAGCAUCUGCCUGAACUAGAGCCUCUGACUAAGCAUUCCUUCAAGAGUAAACUGGCCCGUCACCGAUGGCUUGUCAACUUCUCCUUCGGACAGAAGACCAUGGCGUCUCAUGAGUAUAAGAAGCUCAAGGCUCUUUUGAAGGAUGCCCACAUACAGGUAGGACAGGUGGACUGCCUCACCGACUCAGAACUGUGUGGCUCCUUCUACAUUCAGAAGCCUUCCAUUGCUGUCUUCAAAGGCCUUGGGAUUCAUGACUUUGAGAUACACCAUGGGAAGGAUGUGCUUUAUAACAUUGUAGCUUUUGCUAAGGAGAGUGUCAGUGCUCAUGUCACCACCCUGAAACCAGAGAACUUCCCCAGUGACAGCAAGGAGCCUUGGCUGGUUGACUUCUUUGCCCCAUGGUGCCCGCCCUGCCGCGCCCUCCUCCCUGAGCUGAGGAAAGCCUCCAUCCAGCUGUUUGGUCAGAUGAAGUUUGGGACGCUGGACUGCACCAUUCAUGAGGGUCUGUGUAACAUGUAUAAUGUUAACGCCUACCCAACCACUGUAAUCUUCAACAAAUCCUCCAUCCAUGAAUAUGAGGGACAUCACUCCGCUGAUGGGAUACUGGAGUUCAUACAGGAUUUGGUCAAUCCCGCCGUGGUGACAAUGGACCCAGACAGCUUUGCAGAGCUGGUGAAGAGGAGGCGACACAACCAGACAUGGAUGGUGGACUUCUACGCUCCCUGGUGUGGACCCUGUCAGGCCCUGCUGCCGGAGUGGAGGAGGAUGGCACGGUCACUGAACGGAAUGAUAAAGGUGGGGACGGUGGACUGCCAGAAACACCAUUCUUUCUGCCAGGGAGAGGGUGUCCGAGCCUACCCGGAGAUACGGCUCUACCCUCAGAAUUCCAACCGGCGAGACGCAUACCAGAGUUACUCUGGCUGGCACCGGGACGCACAUUCACUCCGAGUCUGGGCGAUGGGCACUCUCCCCAGAGCCUCCGUGGACCUGAGCCCAGAUGACUUCAGGAACCAUGUGAUCCGGGGGAAGGACCACUGGGUGGUGGACUUCUAUGCACCUUGGUGUGGUCCUUGCCAGCACUUUGCUCCGGAGUUUGAGGUCCUUGCUCGGAUGUUGAAGGGGAGCAUCCGGGCAGGGAAGGUGGACUGCCAGGCUCACCACCAGACAUGUCAGUCGGCUGGCAUCACAGCCUACCCAAGCGUCCGGUUCUACCCGUACCUGGGCACCGACAUGCGCCAGCAGGGAGGGGAGCAUGUGAACAGCAGGGAUGCUAAUAGCAUUGUAGACAUACUCCGCCAGAGGCUCCAGCAGCUGUCUUCAGGGUUACUGGGCAAGGCGGGCAACUUCAAGGAUGAAUUGUGAGUUCAAAGGGGUCCAUUUAAAAAAUAAUAAUCCAGGAUCUCCAGAGAGGCUUUUUCUUAUGGGAAAUGGAAACCUAAAGAACAGUCAAGCGCACAUACACUAACAAACACCAAGACUCAUGAGGUUCAAUUCUGCGAGGAGGAUCACUGCUAAGGAACAUUAGUAAAGAAGACGUUACCUCAGUAUUGUUGUACUGUCAAAAAACACUUUAUUUUUCUUUUUUUAAAACUGAUUCAACGAUUAGAAAAGACUGAUACGUUAGCGUUACUAUUUCUAUAGGUGGAGAGUGUCCGUCCUGUAGGUGUUCACCUGCUUGGUAUCUGAAUGUACUCUCUGAUGCUGGGGGCUAUUUAUGCUUUCAUUUAAGAUCAUCCAAAAAAUGCAAUUGAUCUGCACUUUUAAAAGUUUUGUCACUAUUUUGUUGAUUCAACUUGAAUAAGUUGUGUAGUGAACAGUGUCUUAUCCAUUCUGUGAAGUGACCACACUGUUGGGCAAUAUGGUUAUAACUAUGUAUUUGUUGGCUUGUUUAAAGGACCCUAAUGGUUAAGUAUGCAACCUGUGAAUGCAGGAACACGCAGUUGAGGAAAUAAACCGUGUUGAAAACAA